UUGGCAGACAGUUCUUCUACCGACCAGGGCAAGUUGGCGCUGGGGCAGAAUGUGUUGGUGGCCUUUAUGUCCUGGGAAGGUUAUAACUACGAGGACGCCAUCAUCAUCAGCGAACGGCUGGUCAAGGAUGACCAGUUCACGUCUAUCCACAUCGAAAAGCAUGAGAUGGAAGCCCGGGAGACCAAGCUCGGCCCGGAAGAAAUAACCAGGGAUAUCCCAAAUGUGGGCGAAGCCAGCCUCAGGGAUCUGGACGAGCGAGGGAUAAUUCGAGUGGGCGCCGACGUGGGUCCUGGCGACAUCCUGGUUGGAAAGGUAACUCCCAAGGGUGAGACCGAAUUGACCGCAGAAGAGAAAUUGCUGCGGGCAAUAUUUGGGGAAAAAUCCCGUGAUGUGAAAGAUACUUCUCUUCGCGUUCCCCACGGGGAGCGUGGCAAGGUCAUCGACGUCAAGAUUCUGAACCGCGCCAAUCGGGAUGAUCUGCCACCUGGGGUUAAUGAGGCGGUUCGCGUGUGGAUUGCCCAAACCAGAAAGAUAUCAGUGGGCGACAAGAUGGCGGGACGGCACGGUAAUAAAGGAGUUGUUUCCCGGGUUCUUCCAGUUGAAGACAUGCCCUUCCUUCCUGACGGCACGCCAGUAGAUAUGAUAUUGAACCCCAUUGGCGUACCUUCUCGUAUGAACCUUGGGCAGGUUCUGGAAACUCACUUGGGCUGGGCGGCUCGCGGGCUUAACUUCCGCGCUCAGACUCCGGUGUUUGAUGGCGCUACAGAUGAUUCCAUCGAGGACUCGCUUUCGCGACUUUGGUUCGCCGAGCAGUCCGGAGCCAUAGACAAUGGCCCAACCGACUGGUCUCCCAAGAUAGAUUUCCCUGUAGUGGAGCAGUGGCUACGGGACCGCGGGUAUGACCCCGACAGAAUGUUUAGCGACGCCUAUCGUGGGGAAGCUCGGGACGCUUGUUUGCGCAUGUGGCUCAAAGAUUCAGCGGGUGUGGAUUCCGACGGGCUGUCGUCCGAGGAAAUGCAUGAAGAGGCGUUGAAGGCACACCGAGACUUUAAGAUAGCCCCUCCCAUAUUCGGCAAGUUCCAACUGUAUGAUGGCCGUACCGGCGAUGCCUUCGACCAACUUGUUACGGUGGGUAGCAUUUAUAUGCUUAAGCUCAUACACCUGGUGGAAGACAAGAUUCACGCUCGCUCCACUGGGCCAUAUUCGAUGAUUACCCAGCAACCUCUGGGCGGCAAGGCUCAAUUCGGCGGACAGCGGUUCGGUGAAAUGGAAGUGUGGGCCCUGGAAGCUUACAGCGCCGCAUACAACUUGCAGGAGGUGUUGACGGUAAAGUCGGACGACGUGGCCGGUCGGGUAAAGACCUACGAAGCCAUAGUCAAAGGUGAACCCAUAGGCCAGCCCGGCGUUCCUGAGUCUUUCAACGUCUUGCUCAAGGAAUUGCAGAGCCUAGGCCUGUCUGUAGAGUUGCUGAACGAAGAGGACCGGCCUUCCCUGCUGGAUGGGCUGGGAGAUGACACUGAGCUAUAUGAGCCAUUGGAGGCGAUUUAA